AUGUGGUUUAGAGAGGAACCAACCUCCCCGAAUGUCAAUGUGCUUACAGAGGAACUAACCUCACUAAAGUUCUAUGUGGUCCCAGAGGAACCAACCUACACGAAAAGUCAAUGUGGUUACAGAGGAACUAACCUCACUGAAGUUCUAUGUGGUCCCAGGAACCAACCUACGGUUACAGAUGAAAUCCAACUCCCACUGACUGAGUUCUAUGUGGUCCCAGAGAAACAACCUACACGAAAGUCAAUGGUUACAGAGGAACUAACCUCACUGAAGUUCUAUGUGGUCCCAGAGGAACCAACCCACACGAAAGUCAAUGUGAUUUACAGAGGAACUAACCUCACUGAAGUUCUAUGUGGUUUGCUCCAAUGUGGUUACAGAGGAGGAACUAACCUCACUGAAGUUCUUUGUGGUCCAAGAGGAACCAACCCCCGAAUGUCAAUGUGGUUACAGAGGAACUAA